GGCAGGGGAAAAACGAAGAGCGGUGGUAGAGACGAGAGCGGGGUUAUUAGAAAACAUUCGACCGAAAGAGGUAAAACUGGGAUGAAAGAAAAGGACGAGGAGAAGCCAGACGUGACCGGGAUUCUGUUGGCCACAGACGCACGGGAUUUUAAAAUAAUGAGGGACAGGAAAAGCUGGCCCAACUUUCUGUGGAUGUUCCUCCUGAGAAGGUUUACAGAAGAACAGGCCAAGAGAGAGGGACGUGUCACCAGGAUGAGGUGGUUCCUCUGCUCCCUGCUCCUCUUCCUCAGCCUGUGUCUAACACCUGCUUCAUCACAGGGACAUUUCCCACAGAUGGAGAACAUCGCUGCUUUCAAACCCGUGUUCACGUCUCCGCCUCGAUUCACCUGUGGCGUUCCAGAGCGCAGCAGUUACUGCCAGUCACCUUCCUCCCACGCUGAGCUACUGACGUGUUAUCAGGCCUUCUGCAUCCAGGAGUGCCCUCAUAGAUCCUCCACACCUCCGUACGCCUCACUGCUGCUCCCCUCACACAGGGCUCCCUGUGUAAUUGACAACAGUAACGACACUCCUCCCGGGACGCCAACAGAGACUGGACCUGCUAUCGAUUCAGAGCCGGUUCCUGGCAGCAUUCUGUUUCAGCCGGCCCAAAAUGGAUGUCUGGUCUCUCCCCCUUCACAAAGACUGGGAGCGUUGGGUUCGCUCACCCUGGUGUUGUGGAUAAAACCAAACCUUCCAGGAGAGAUGAUGCUGCUGGAGAAGAGCGCAGGAGAGCAGCUGAUCUUUUCUGUGAUGGUGUCUGAACAGGCUGUCACUCUACGACGCGGUGAGCCUGGAGGUGGGACAACGCAGACCGUCCGCUUCAGAACGGAGGGCAGACUGGCACUGGAGAGAUGGACGCACCUUGUUUUACAGGUCCAUGACAGACGUGUCAGUCUUUUCCUGAAUGGGCUGGAGGAGGAUGGGACACCGUUUGGUACACAGUCUCUGAGCGCCAGACUCUUUGACAUCAUCGAGGAUGGAGCCAUGUGGGUGGGACUAAGCUCUAACGGCUCCAAUCAGUUUAUUGGGUGGAUGCAGGACUUUAGAUUUUAUCCUGCCACUCUGACCAACAGGGAAGUAGUGGAGUUGUAUUCAGGAGUCCUGCCUGAACUUCAUGCCCAGCCAGAGUGUCGCUGUCCUCCCAGUCACCCCCGGGUUCACCCUUUAGUUGAGAGGUAUUGCAUUCCUAACGCUGUUGAGGACACCACCAAUGACCGAGUGUUGAGACUGAACCUCAAUGCUCAUGCACUCAGUUAUGUCAAUGAUCAGGACAUGGGCACAGUGUGGCUUUCUAAGGUCAUGACGACACAGGAACUGGAUGAAGGAGUCACAGUUACUGUAGAUUUGGCCAAUGGACAAUACCAGGUUUUCUAUGUCAUAGUUAAGUUUGCAGGCCUCCUGCCUGAAUCAGUUCUCAUCCAAAGGCGGAGGAUUGACCUCACAGAGCCUGAAAAUGAAAGCACCAAAGAACAACCCUGGUUAGACUGGCAAUACAUGGCCAGAAACUGCAGUGUGUUUGAGAUGAGGAACAACGGCCCCUUAUUGACGCCAGACUCAGUCAACUGUCUACAGCUACCCAGUGACGUGCCCUUCUCAGGUGGGAACGUCACAUUCAGCCUGUUGACCCCGCAGCCAAACCUGAGACCGGGCUAUAAUGACUUCUACAACACCCCCGCCCUGCAGAACAUGGUACAGGCCACCCAGGUCAGGAUACACCUGAGUGGACAGUACCACACCAGAGGAGCUGCUGUGAACCAGCGACACAGAUACUAUGCCGUCAGUGAGAUCACCAUCAGUGGCAGAUGUGAGUGUCACGGCCAUGCAGAUCACUGUGACACCAGUGUUGCACCUUACCGCUGCCUGUGUCUGCCGGAGAGCCACACAGAGGGAAACAAUUGUCAGCGUUGUGCACCCCUCUACAAAGACAAGCCCUUCAGGUCAGGUGACCAGCUCCAGCCCAUGAACUGCCGACCCUGCGUGUGCCAUGGCCACGCCCUCUCCUGUCAUUAUGAGGUCCGGUUAGACGACCAACCAGAUGAACAUUAUCGAGGAGGAGGAGGCGUCUGUGACAGCUGCAUGCACAACACCACAGGUAACAACUGCGAGCUCUGCAUAAGUGGCUUUUACAGGCUUGAGGAAUCUGAUCCCACGUCAGUUGAUGUGUGCCAGCCAUGUAACUGUCAUACUGCUGGGACAGUCAAUGGCAGCACGGAGUGUGCCCAGGUGGGAGGUCAGUGUCACUGCAAGGCUUCUGUAACAGGCCGUCGCUGCACAGACUGUUUGCCUGGCUGGUACGCUCUUAAAGCCUCAAACCCAAAUGGCUGCAUCCGCUGCAACUGUAGCAACGUGGGCAUCAGCGAUGUCUCGCCAGCAGUAGUUCUGAGCUGUAACCACGACACGGGACAGUGCCGUUGUAAGCCCCAUGUUACAGGUCUUUCCUGUGACCGCUGUGAGUUUGGUUAUUGGAACCUGUCCCACCCAGGCGGCUGCGUCCUGUGUGACUGCGACCCCAUGGGUUCCCUCAGCCAGUUCUGUGAGCCUGAGCGGGGGCAGUGUGAGUGCAAGCCCGGGGUGGGGGGCAGGCGCUGUGACUUGUGUGGCAGCGGUUUGCACGGAUUGAGACUGGAGGGCUCCUGUGCUCCCUGCAACUGCUCACAAGAUGGGACAGAGCCCGGAACAGUCUGUGAUCCCCGCACAGGACAGUGUGUGUGUAAGAAACAUGUGACAGGUCAUCGCUGUGACUUGUGUCGCUAUGGUUACCACACCCUGGAGCAUCGAAACUCUCUGGGAUGUCUGCCGUGUGUGUGUGACAUCAGUGGCACAGUACCGGAGGGUUUGUGCGAUGUGCGGACCGGACAGUGCCCGUGCCGAGACGGGAUGGAGGGAGCACAGUGCACCAACUGUGCGCCCAACUACUACAACAGCAGCAGCUCAGACUUCCAGGAUGGGUUGGUCCAAGGAUGUGUACCGUGUCAAUGUGACCCCAGAGGAACAAUAGCAGGAACUGUCUGUGACAGCACUACAGGGCAAUGUGUUUGUGUCCCUACACGCUACGGACAGGACUGCAGUAGCUGCCGACCUGGCUUCUACCUCUCUCCAGAUCAGAGCGUGUGUGCAGAGUGUGACUGUCAUCCCAUGGGAGCGUCGCUGCGCAUUUGCGAGAUCCCGACGGGUCAGUGCGUGUGUGCCCAUCCCUCGGUGGCCGGCCGUCGCUGUGACCAGUGUCAGGAGAUGUUCUACGCGUUCAACCCGGGCCUGGGCAGAUGCCAGCCUUGUGCAUGUGACCCAGUGGGCAGUGUCAAUCGCUCCUGUCAUCCAGACUCAGGCCUGUGUGUGUGUAAACUGCUGGUAACUGGAGACAAGUGUGAUGUUUGUCAGCCUGGAGCCAGUCACUUGGACCCUCAGAACCACUUUGGCUGCAGUAAAGCUCCCUCUCAGCAGCCUGCACCAGUAGGUUUUGCUGUCAGUUAUUCUUCAAUCCAGUUUACCUGGAAUCCUCCCGACUCCCCGAAUUCAAACAGACUCAACUACACUCUCAUCAGAGAUGGACAAUCGGUGCAUAGCGUCCAACGUCACUAUCCUUUCAUCCCUGAAACAUUCGAAGACACUGGUUUGCUUCCCUACACCAACUACUCUUAUUGGCUGAUAACGGCUACUGUAGCUGGUGAGACAACCAGCACACCAGCCUUCUACCAAACCUUCAGUGCACCACCUGAAGCUGACCAGCUCCAUUUAAGCCUUGUUGGGCGACCGGGUCCAACCACUGCCAGCUUUAACUGGAGCACACCGCGAAAUGACACCGGCCCAGUGGAAAGGUUUGUAUUAUCCUCUACUGAGUCAUCUGGUGCAGAGCCCAUCGUUCACUACACGGGCUCAUCUACAGCGGCUGUGGCAGGUGGACUAAAGCCUUUUACCCAGUACUCCGUAAUACUGCAGGUUUGCUCUUCUGGGGGUUGUUCUUCUCCUCCACCACUGUUUUUUAUGACAGCCCCCGCCCCCCCACAAAACCAGCCUCCACCCAGAGUCACUGCCACAGGACCGUAUACACUGCAUGUUUCUUGGGAGCCCCCCAGUCAGCCAAAUGGCGUUAUCACAAGGUACGAGGUCUUUCUACGUGGACCAAUGGAAAGUCCUUCCAGUGAGGCAGUUGAGAACAAAGUGUUUUCCAGCUCUGGUUGGCUGGAUUCAAGCGUUCCUCCAGAAACACAGAUGACCAACAGGAGCACACUGCCGGCCCCUGAGAGCAGCACAACCAUCGUGGGCCUGCAAGCAUUUUCCACCUAUCAGAUAAGAGUGGACAGUGUCAACAUGGCAGGAAAAGUCGCAUCAGAGUGGACCACAGCGCACACCACGGAGGGAGUCCCAGAGUUGAUGGCUCCUCCGGCGGUGUCUGCACUGUCAUCCACCAGUAUCAGUGUUUCCUGGAGCUCUGCCGAGAGUGAGGGGGUCAUCGCCAGAGGACAAGUGACACAAUAUCGAGUCAACUUACUCACUGAGCAGACCAAAAAUCCCUACGCUCCUCCGGUGGUCAGUCAGGUCUUGCACCAGGCUGAGCCGUCUUCACCACAUGUAUAUGUAGUGAAAGGACUGAAACCCUUCCACGUGUACAACUUCACUGUUACACUCUGCACUAAAAAGGGUUGUGUUACCAGUCUGCCAAGCACAGGACAGACCCUGCCAGCAGCUCCAACAGGACUAUCUCCACCUCGAUUACAUCCAGUUAAUGAAGCCACCAUGGAGAUAGAUUGGGACUCCCCAGGCCAACUCAAUGGACCAUACCCGAUAUAUCAGGUGGAGAGAACAGACGUCUCUCUCUCCGACCCACAGGUCCCUGUGGUCCGAGGAACCCGAUUCCUCGGAAACGGUUACUGCCAGUUUCCGAGUGACGUUCUUCCUGUCAAUAGUGACUUUACAGGUGUUGAGUUGAGUUUUAGAACUGGUUCUCCAGAUGGCUUGCUGUUCUGUGCGUUCUCUCCUGGAAAUCAGGAAGAGUUCCUGGCAAUUCACAUCAAAAAUGGACGCCCCUACUUUUUGUUUGACCCACAGGGCUCAGCGGUGGCUGUGAGUGUGCAGGGUGACGGAGGGCGACUCUACAAUGAUGGACAGUGGCACAGCAUCGUAGCAACAAGGCGAGGGGCCGUGGGAACAAUCGUUGUGAACAAUCAAUACCGAGGAAGCGCGUCUGCGUCCAGCGGCAGCACCAUGAUUGGUGCGAACACAGGGGUGUUUAUCGGGGGUCUGCCCGAGGACUUUACUCUGCUGAGAGAGGACACAGGUGACGCCCGGCUGGUGCGACAGAGUUUCACAGGUUGCCUCAGGGAUGUGAGCUUUAAGAUGAGGGACAGCCCCUCAGAGGAGUGGACAUCUCUAGACUGGGCAAAGGCCACAAAGAAGGAAGCAGUGUAUGAAAACUGGGAGGGAUGUCCGACUCACACUGUGGACGGAGCCCAUUUUCUUGGUCAUGGUUACUUGGAGCUGGACAGAGAUGCAUUUACUGGAGGACAAGACUUUGACAUUUCUAUGGAUUUCAGAACAGAUCAGUUCAGUGCACUUCUACUAUUUACAUACAACUCACAGACCGAAGACUACAUGCUGGUGGAGUUGGAGGCCGGCCUCCUGUCCUUCCUUCUCUCCUCUGACGGUCAUGUGACUGAACUCAGCAUGUGGGUGGGGCUAAGCUACUGUGAUGGAGACUGGAAGCAGUUGUCAUUGGCAAAACGUGGCUCACUUAUCUCUGCUUCAGUCAAUGACUGGGCAGAAGAGAUGAGGGGGGCUGAGGGAGUCGUGAGGCUGAGAGUGGAUUCACCCUUAUAUUUGGGGGGCGUGCCCAUGGAGCUCACACACCCUGCUCUGGACAGCCGAAGUCACAAGCAUGGCCUUGGAGGUUGCAUAAGGGGUCUCACCAUCCGAAGCGACGAAACAAAUCUACCUGUCAGUCAAAGUGUUCGUCUUUCUGUAGACUCUCACCGUUCUCUCAGAGUUUACCUGGAUGGCUGCCCGACCUCUGAAAGCCGCUACAACUGCAGAGGAAACGAUUCAGUGUUGGUGUACAGUGGAAGAGGGACACAAGCGACUGAUUAUAGUUUACAGCCUUUCACUGAAUACCUGUACAGGUUUGUGGCUUUGGCUGCAGGAGGUUGGACGGCAGGACCUUGGGAGAGAGGACGUAGCCGAGGCCGAGUACCCAGGUUUGUUCCGCCUCCUACGAGUGUGCAAAGCCUAAACGGUUUCAGUGCCCAGGUGAGCUGGGCGCCACCCACUGGUGACAUCGUGGGGCUGAUUGACAGAUAUGAGGUAAAGGCCUACUACAGUGACCUGCCAGACGCAUCACCUAUCAAGGCCACGUAUCUGGCUAAUGGAAAUUUCUCAGGUGUGUUAUCUGGUCUAACACCGUCCACGCGAUACGUCGUCACUGUCAGUGCCUGUAGUCCCGUCGGCUGCACUGAGAGUGCUCCUUACGGUGAUAGUGAUGAUUUAAGAUCGAGCUUUACAACCCUGCAGGAAGCUCCAGAUGAUGUUUCACCCGCAGCUGCAGGCUCUUCCCCGUCAGCUCUCCAUGUAACCUGGGAACCUCCAGGAAGACCCAAUGGACGCAUUACAGAGUACCUCCUCUAUCACAACAACCACAUGGUCUACAGGGGCAAAGACAGACAACACAACAUCACUGGUCUUGGCGUGUACUCCACUCAUGUCCUGCUCCUGAGUGCAUGCAAUUCUGUGGGCUGCACCAACAGUUCACAAGUUACAGUGUUGACCUCUCAGCUUCCUCCUGGGCCACUUCAAGCACCGAAACUUACUCUGCUAGACUCUCAUACAAUCCUGGUGGAGUGGAUCCGUCCCUCUCAGGUCAAUGGCGUCUUGGAGUUCUACUCCAUCUUCCUGUCACAUGAUGGCGCCCCGCCUGUGCUUGCCCAUAACAGCACGGAGCUCUUUGAAGACUACACGCUUCGCGACCUGACGCCUGGAACAACUUACACCAUCACGGUGGCUGCCUGCACUGGAGGCGGGUGCACGUCGAGCCCUGCCAGCCAGGCCCACACGGAGGAGAGCACCCCAGAAAACGUGCCUGCACCGCUGGUCACCCCUUUGUCCCCAUAUGCACUCAACGUUAGCUGGAUGCCUCCUGACACCCCAAAUGGUGUUUUAACCAGCUAUGGCGUGUGGCUGGAUGGCGUUCUCAUUUCAAACUUGUCCUACGUCCAGAGGUUCUUCGUGGUGGACGGCCUCUCUCCAUGGAGCCGACACUUGCUCAGGGUCCAGGCCUGCACUGCACAGGGCUGUGGCAAGGGACCGCUGGUGGAGGUGCGUACAUUAGAGAUGGCCCCAGAAGGCCCUAUACUGCUGGAGCUGACCAAUCAGAGCUCUCGAUCCGUGCGAGCACGCUGGACGGCCCCUCCCAGGCACGGGAGGGGCCUCAGAUACACACUGCACUACAAAAGCUCAGAUGGUGAUGGAGCAGUAGAUGGAAGUACAGCAGUCGGCAGCUGGAUGUCUGUGCCCGACCUCCGGCCUUACACCAACUACAGCUUCUGGAUCAGAGGGUGUAACACACAGGGCUGUGUAGAGAGUCUGCCACUCAAUGUUACAACACCUCCAGCAGCUCCAGACGGGUUAUUACCUCCAUGGUUGACACACUCUGCUACUAACAGUCUGAAUGUGUCCUGGUCCCGUCCUGCGCACGCCAAUGCACCAGGCCCACUCCGCUACAGCCUGCACAUGAGGACAACCCCACAGAGGCCGGUGAUAAGGCUUUUGGAAAACGUAACGGGCACCUUUUCCUACCGUGUGGACGGCUUGUCACCGUUCACACGCUACAUGUUCAGAGUGGUGCCUUCACACACACACGGGCAGACUGCUGGACCGUGGGCAACCCUGCACACCGCGGAGGAUCGUCCAGGACCAGUGGAAAGCCCAGCUGUAACAGGGAUUCAUCCUAGAAGUGUAGCGGUUACCUGGGCCCCUCCCUUACAACCAAACGGCAUCAUCACCAAUUACACUCUCCGUCUGUGGCCCACUUCCUUCACAUCUGUGGAUUUUAAACCCAGCUCAGACUCCAGCACAAGCACAACCCUAAACUCCAGCUUAAGUGAUUCACUUGGCAUUCUCAACUCAGGUCAAAGUCUCAAGCCAACAUACAGUCUUACCUCCUCUGACUCAAGCCACAUUUCUACUUUUAACAUUGGCAUUAAUGGCAGCUUAAGCACAAUCAAAGACACUCGACCCAAUCUUAUCCCUAAACCCGUCUCUAGUUUGGAGCCUGUUCUAAUGGAAGAAGGCGAUAUCAAGACGUCUCAUGUAAACAACACAAGCACAGCCUCUGCUUUCCUUUCAUUUCACCCCACUGAAUCCAUUCCCACCAGUGUAAACUCAACCCACAGCCCAUCAGACUACAAUACAACCAGAAGCAACAAUGAUCAUUUAUUGAUACAGGACCACGGCCUCAUCUCGAGUUCCUUCAAUGAAGACUCUGAAUUAAGUUCACAUCUGGUGUCAGUCACCGUUCCGGGCCACGUCACUACGUACACUUUCCACAACCUGCUGCCGUACCACAACUACAGCCUUCAGGUGGAAGCAUGCACCAGUGUGGGUUGUUCAUCGUCUGGGACGUCUCAGCGCUUCCGUACCCUCCCAGCUCCUCCUGAAGGAGUUCCUGCACCUCACCUUUACUCUGACACUCCCACCUCUGUUCUCCUGUCCUGGGCUGCACCAGAGCGGAGCAACGGACCACUGGAUUGGUGGCUAAUUGAGCGUAGAGUCACUGGGACCGUGCAAGUCUCAACAGUGGGCCAGCUCCUGCCAGAGUCUCCACCUCUUUCUUUCCUGGACUCUUCAUCAGCUCUUAGUCCCUGGACUAGCUACCAGUAUCGACUUGUGCUGUAUAACCAGGCUGGCAACACAACAGGACCGUGGGUCAGCAUCACAACCAAACCCUCUCGGCCAGCUGGUCUCAGUCCGCCAAGGGUGAAGGUCUUGGGACCAGAGUCAUGUCAAGUCACAUGGGCUCCUCCCCUAAUUCCUAAUGGAGAAAUUCAUGGCUACGAGAUCCGCCUCCCGGAACCGCGUAUAUUCCAUGAGCAUGACAAUAGCUCUGAGCUCAGCAUCACAGUAAUGGACCUAAUUCCGUACACAAACUACAGUGUUACUGUGUUGGCGUGUUCCGAGGGUGGUGGCCAUGUCGGAGGAUGUACAGAGAGUCUGCCUACUCCAGCUGCAACGUGGCCUGCAACUCCUGAAGGCCUCUCACCUUUGUCAGUCGUGGCAGUCAGCGAGUCAUUCUUAGCCAUUUCCUGGCAACCACCAAGCAGACCCAAUGGACCCAACAUCAGAUACAAGUUGCUCAGACGUAAAACUCACCAGCCCCUGGCCAUCGCCACGCUCCGUGCAGUAACUGCCACGUCCCCUCCCCCCUCCGAAGAUCUCCAUCACUGGCUCCAUGUUUACUCCGGCACCAAAUUGUUCUACCAAGAUAAAGGCCUAAGCAGAUUCACCCGUUACCAGUACCAGUUAGUGGUCCAUAAUGAUGUGGGCUUGUCGUCAGGAGAGAUCGUUUCUGCGGCGACCAUGGCGGGGGUUCCCCUCCGCCCUCCAUCUCUGUCUGCUCACGCUAUCAAUCACACUGCAGUACAGGUCAACUGGACGCAACCCUCUUUGCAAGACCUGCAGGGAGAGGUGGAAUCAUACUUUCUCACAACAGAGUCUUUCCAGUCGAGUCGAAUUUUGAUUUUACCCCGUGAAAUCAACUCCAUGGUGAUAAGUGACCUUUGGCCCAGCACUACAUACCUGGUGUCACUGCAGGUGUUCAACGGAGCGCAUAAUACAACUAAAGUGACGCUUCGUGUCACCACAGAGGAUGGAGAGCCAGACGGGAUGUCCGCUCCGGAGGUGGUUCCAGUAAACAGCACGGCUGUGCGCGUGCUGUGGUUCCCUCCUCUGCAACCAAACGGAGCAGUGACUGGUUACUGCAUCUACGUUAACGACCGUCUCCGUGGCAGUGUGGACAACAGUUCAGGGUCCUACCUGCUGGGAGAGCUGCUGCCCUUCACUGUCUACGACGUACAGGUGGAGGUGUGUACAGUGUAUGCAUGUGUAAGGAGUAACGUUACUCAGACGACCACUGUGGAGGACCUGCCUGCUGACAUGAGCACACCACAUGGGCAAGUGAUCGGUCCCAGAGCAGUCAGGUUGGACUGGUCACAUCCAGGCAGACCUAGCGGUAUCAUGCUGGGCUACGAGGUUUUAAGACGAACCCUGAGGUCAUGUGGGUCGACAGGGGUCACAACCUCUGCGGGGGAGCAGUCAGAGGGAGCGGGUGAUAUGAAGUUUGAAUGUUCCUACCUCCAGUGUCCUGUGAGUCAUGGUGUGUGUGGAGCAUCCUGCUUCCAUCCUGACAUACAGGUGUGCUGCAGUGGACUAUUGCACACCAAGAAGCCACAUCAUCAUUGCUGUGAAGGCAGUUACCUGAGCUGGAGUAAUUCCUCUGACCCCAUCUGCUGCAAUGGCAAACUGCUGCUGGCUCUCCCUGACCACCAGUGCUGUGGAAGAUACUAUGUACAUGUGAAACACAAUGAACACUGCUGUCCUGACCUCUCAGGGGGCUGGGUCUCAGUGGGGCUGGGUGACAGCUGCUGUGGGGGUGUUCCCUACUCCAUGAAAGGUGGCCAGAUCUGCUGUAGUGUGAGCCUGCAUGAUGGCUAUGGAGUUCAGUGCUGCGGAGGCCAGAUUUUCGAUGAUACACUGGUGUGCUGUGGUGAUGCUGAGAGGGGGAAAGGGCAUACUUACACUCCGGGUUUUGUCUGCUGUGGUCAGGAGUACAUAAACUCUUCUGUCACUCUUUGCUGUAUGGGCAAGGAUGGAUUUCCCAAAAUACACAGUGCUGGCAACGCUACAGUGACACUGCAGUGCUGCAGGUCAGAGGUCAUACAUCAGGAAGAGGAGUGUUGCAAUGGGAUCGGCUACAACCCUCAACGGCACGUGUGUGCCGAUCGACCCACCCCUGGCUUGUCGACACAGCACCAGUGUUUGCAGGGCGCUCUGUGUCCUGUCGCUGCAGCAUCGACAGCUUACUGUGGCUCCUGUGACCUUGAUCCAUCGAUGGCCGCCUGCACCUGGGUCCUGUCUGCGCACACACUCCCCGACGCACCGACCACAACGGACUCCCCUGUUAUCAAUGCCACACAGGAAGCUCUGACUUCAGGCCUCUCUACACACACCAGCAGAAGUGACUAUUACAAAAUGGCAGACACAUCGAGCGACACACACUCUGAGAAGACACGAUUGGAGGAAAGCCUGUGCCCAACACACGAGGAGGUGGUGUACAGCGGAGACGCCAUUACAUACACUUACACAGACCCCGACCUGGAGCCCUUCACCACCUAUGAGUAUCGAGUGAGGGGCUGGAACAGCUUUGGACGAGGCUCCAGCGAUGUCAUCACCGUGACCACCAGUGAAGACAAGCCAUGGGGUGUGGCACCGCCCCGUUGGAAUUGCCCUGGCGACAGAGACGACAUCAUCCAGCUGCAGUGGCAAGCGCCGGCCAGGCCCAAUGGUGUUAUCACCCAUUAUGUUAUACUGCGGAAUGGGCAGGAGCGUUACCGUGGCGAGGAAAACAGAUUCACUGAUGUGGCUGGGAUCAAGCCUUUCUAUGAAUACAGCUACCAGCUGAGGGUCUGCACCAGGGCUGGUUGUACUGAUAGUCCACAGGUGGUUGCCGUCACAGUUCAGGGUGUGCCUGAGGGCCUGCUGCCUCCAGUGGUCACUGCUUUGAGUUCCUCCUCCCUCUACGUGAGCUGGUCAGAACCUAUUCGUCCCAAUGGAGUCAUACAACAGUACCAACUGAACCAGACGGGUUUUGGAACUAUUGCUACACACACACAGGAAACCACAAACUACACGGUGACUGGUUUAAAGGCGUACACAGACUAUACGUUCCUGCUCGUGGCCUGUACUGUGGGUGGAUGCGGAGCCAGCUCGCCUUCAACAGGACGCACCCUGCAAGCCUCGCCUGCUGGUGUUUGGUCAAGGCCGAGACACUUGAUAAUAAGCACAUCUGCAGUGGAGCUGUUCUGGGAUCAGCCGUCUCAGCCUCGUGGACUCGUCUCCCGCUUCAGGCUUAAGAGAGACGGUCUCAUCAUUUUUACCGGAGACCGUCAUGGUGACCGGAAUUUUACGGAUACUGGGCUCGUGCCAAACCACAGGUAUGUGUAUGAGCUGGAGGCGACGACAGAGGGUGGGACUGGUGUGAGUGACGAUUAUGUUAUACAAACUCCUGUUUCGUGCCCCACUGGGAUUCCACCACCACACAAUGUGACAGUGUCAGGCCCCCACACCGUCUCCCUGGCCUGGACCUCUCCUGUUCAGCUCAAUAGCAGCCAACCUGUAAACUACAACAUCCUGUUUAAUCCAGGAAGUGACAGAAGCACAGUCCAUCAUGCUGGUCAAGACCUGCAUCUCACUGUGACCGGUCUACAGCCGUUCACCACCUACGACAUCCGAGUACAGGCUUGUCAGACUGAGGGCUGUGGAGUCGGAGAAGCUGUUUCAGUUAGGACUUUAGAGGCUCCCCCACGAGGUCUGUCACCCCCCACCAUUAAAGCAGCUGGAGCCAAUGUCCUGGAGGUUUACUGGUUCCCCCCCGAACAACCUAAUGGAGUCAUCACCUCCUACAACCUAUACAGGCGUCCAGUGGGAACAGAGGAGGAGCUGCUGAUCUUCAUCUGGUCCAGUGGGCCACUUGAGUUUGUGGAUGCAAGUCCUGCCCUGAAACCCUUCAGCUACUUCCAGUAUAAGGUUGAAGCCCACAACUCCAAAGGCUCAGUGCUGAGCCAAUGGGCUUCAGGCCAGACGUUACAGGCACAACCGCGAGAUAUGGGCCCUCCCACUGUCACGCCCACGGGCGCGUACUCAGUCCAUCUGAAAUGGAGUGAACCGGGACGGCCCAAUGGUCUAAUUUCCCAUUAUAGACUGGUUUAUGAGAAACGCCAACAGGACCCAACGCUCAAUUCGACUGCUGUUACGGCUCUCACUGUGGAGGGCUCAGUCCUCGAAGCAACAGUCUAUGGUUUUGAACCAUAUCGUCUGUACAGUCUACGUGUGGAAGCUGUGAACUGGGCGGGCAGUGUGGCCAGUCCAUGGACAGGCAUUAGGACCCUGGAGGCUGCACCUGCUAGUGUGGCCAACUUCACAGUGGAGCAGAGGGAGCAGGGCAGGGCGUUACUGCUUCGAUGGGAUCUGCCACGCGCUCCAAAUGGACUCAUCACGAUGUAUAACGUGUACAGUGAGGGAAACCUGGAGUUCAGCGGUCUAACCCGCAGCUUCCUGUUUCGUCGUUUGGAACCGUGGACCGUUUAUACGCUGACCCUUGAAGCUUGCACCUCAGCAGGCUGCACACGCACCGUUCCUCAACACAUCACCACAGCAGCUGCUCCGCCGGCUUCUCAGCUUCCUCCGAAGCCUCUCUUCGUUGGCCCAGACCAUGUGUCACUUAGCUGGGGACCUCCCGCCCAACCUAACGGGCCAAUCGGAGAGUAUUUCUUACUUGGGAGAAGUCUAGAUGAAUUUGGGAGGGGAAGAAGUAAUGGCGAGGAUAUUGAAAGAGGAAAGGUGGUCUUUAGAGAAUCGUCUCCACAGCAAAAUGAAACCUUUUCCUACACAGUGACCGGUUUGCGACCCUGGACUCAGUAUGAGUUCAGUGUCCGGAGUCACAACCCUGCUGGCAACACCAGCAGCCCCUGGGUAACUGUAACAACCAGACAAGCUCCCCCUCGUGGUCUAGCCCCGCCAACAGUGAAUCACCUCCAAGACCAGCCCAGUAAGGUGUUGGUCUCAUGGACACCUCCGCUGGAGUCCAAUGGAAUACUUAAGUCAUACAGGAUACAAAGGAACAAUGUCAGUUUGUCUUUUAGUUUUGACCCGACUGUCCUCAGCUACACUGAUGAAGACCUUCUACCAUUUACAGUUUAUAGCUACUCAGUCAUAGCCUGCACAUCUGAGGGAUGCAUCACCAGUCCUCACACCAACAUCACGACCUUAGAGGCUCCACCUGCCACAGUGGAAGCUCCCACGGUGGACACCAUCACGUCCAAGAGUAUAAACAUUUCCUGGAGUAAACCCCCAACGCAGAAUGGAGAGGUUACAGAAUAUGUGCUGAAAGUGAACGACAAAGAGGUUUAUUGUGGGGGAGACUUGAACACAGUGUUGUCCGAUCUGCAGCCUCACACUUCAUAUCAGCUGGCUCUGUUGGCGUGUACCAGUGGUGGGUGCACCGCCAGUGCUACAGUGUCUACUAUGACCAAAGAAGCUCCUCCCACUGGCCUGGCAGCCCCGACCCUAAAGGUGACUGGUCCGGAGUCCGUGGAGAUCACUUGGAAACCACCGGAGCAUCCUAAUGGCAUUAUCACAGGAUACGAGCUCUACAGAGAUGGAGACGUUAUCUAUGUUGGCACCGAGACACAUUUUCACGACUUCACACUUUUGCCAAACGUGGAAUACAGCUAUGGUGUCAGGGCCAACAACAGCAGAGGGACAGUGAGCAGCACAGCAAACUCAGCAAAGACUCAUCCGUCUUCUCCUUCUGGUGUCGGUCUCCCUGUACUGACGCCUCUGGGUCCAGACCAGGUGAAAGUAGAGUGGAGUCCCCCAGUCCGUCCUAAUGGAGACAUUGUGAAUUACACUGUGUAUCACAGAGAUCCAGUAGUGGUCGGCAUCAACAGCACUGUGUUCACUGUAGAGGACCGUGUUUUCUCUGAGCGGCACACCACUCUGCAUGGGCUGACUCCAUACCACAGGUAUGAGGUGAGGGUGGAGGCUUGCACAGCUCUGGGCUGUUCCUCCAGUGACUGGUCCUCUGUGCUCACACUGGAGGCUCCCCCUGCUGGCCAGGUAGUGCCAUUGCUACACCUGCACCUCGACGAACACACGGGCCUACAGACCACCUUCCUGCUCACCUGGCCCCCUCCAGCUCGGCCAAAUGGUAGAGUCCUUCAUUAUGAGGUGUACCGCAGGCUGGAACCUACCACUGCUACCAACACAAGUGAUACAGGAACACGUGUGUUCAGGAAUGUCUCGACCACAUGCAGCGAUGAAGGACUCCAACCAUACACUCAGUAUCAGUAUCAGGUGUGGGCAGUCAACCUGGCUGGUCGCACUAGCAGUCCAUGGGCCAAUGGGAGGACAGGACCUGCACCACCUGAGGGCGUAGACCCUCCCAUUUUCCUGCACGUUUCGGCCACCUCUGCAGUCGUGGAUAUUCGCCCUCCAGCUCAACCCAAUGGGAUAGUUAGCCUUUACAGAGUCUUCUCUCGGACCCACAACAACCUCACUCUGCUCUCAGAAGGAACGUCCAGCCAGCAGAUCCUCCAUGGUUUACAUCCUUAUACCCAGUACUGGGUAGGAGUAGAGGCCUGCACCUGUUUUCAGUGCUGUAGCCGGGGUCCAGUGAGCGAGCUCCACACCCUGGCUGCUCCGCCAGCUCACCAGCCCCCUCCUCGUCCCGUCACCCGGACCUCUCGCUCCAUCCAGCUCGACUGGGAUGAGCCUUUGGCACCAAACGGAGUCAUUGAAAGCUGUGAGUUGCAUCUCAAAUCAUCGUGCCCACAGCCCCCACAGCCUAUGCCCCUCCCCUGCACCGAAGGACCAAUUGAAAUCAGCUUCUUUGGCAAAAGGCGGAGCUACAACGUAACAGGUCUUCAACCAUACUCCACCUACGAGCUGAGAGCCGCCUGCUUCAACAACAUGGGCAGCACUGCCUCCAACUGGACCAGAGUUACCACACUGAGUGAAGCCCCCCAGUAUGUGUCUCCUGUCUCAUUGGGCAGUAACCUGACAGUUAUUUGGCUGGACUGGGCGGAGUCUUUCUCCCUCAAUGGAUACCUGACGGAGUACAGUGUGACCGAGAGCCAGCUGAGGGUCUACACUGGCUUCUACAGCUAUCUCCACAUUCCACGCACCUCACAGAAAACUCUGUCUUUUCAAGUGACUUGCACCACCAACAGUGGCACUGCCAGCACUCCCACCAUCAGAUACAGCCCCGCCACAGGCAUCGGUCCUCUGGAGCCUGAAGACAGCAGUAAACAGGACGCCAGCAUGUCUGCCUUCCCAGUUUAUACUGAACUGUGGUUUAUCUUGCUGUUUGCACUGCUGGGUCUAUUUCUGUUAGCACUUCUACUGGGCCUGGUGCUACAGAGAGCCCUGAGGAAGAAUCCAGCAGCCAGAGAGCGCCCUCCACUGGUCAUGCUUCAGAAGAGCAGGAAGCCUGGGGGAGAGACGUACAUGUUUGACACUGUAGCAGACUGUGUUGAGAUCAGCAACGUUAUACUUAAAAGCUACACUGUGUACACCGAGGGUCUGACAGACACAAAGAUAGUUGGCAGCAGCUCACGGUUGAGCCCCAUGUCUGUGUUGCGGGUCCCCAGACAGACAGAUCUUGGUCAGUCUUACACCCAGCAUCCCCUGCACCGCAGCGUUAGUCAGCUGAUUGACAAGAAGUCACUGAUGAUGGAGGACGGAGGCUGGGACAAUCCACUGGGACAUGAUUCUGGGCUGUAUGUGGAGGAAGAAGAGUUUGUGGAUGCCAUCAAGGCCAUAAGUUCUGUGAAAAAGGAGCACACCAUGUUCACUGACACUCAACUUUAAGGCAAGGUCAUUCAGUCAGGUAUUGCAGCCAACAUUCAGAACUGGUCUCAAACCCUUGCGGUCUGUGUUAACUGAGGACAGACGUGUCUUCUAAUGGGAUUUAGACAAUCUAUAAUCCUUAUAUAUGAUUAAGGAAGUCUUAAAAAUACUGGAAAAGAGACUUUGUUCACCGCUGGAGACCAGUGAUUUCAGUUGAAAUGUGUUGAAAAUGUGCUGGAUGGAGUGUCAGGGUUUAGAGGUGGUUCUGUAAAAUAAAACCAGACACAAAGACCUGAGGAGAAAAAAACCAUAAAGGUCAUUUUACUGCACCGUUUAUUUUAAACUGUAUUGAAACAGGUGUUGCCUCAUUUUACCACACUGCUUGUAUGACUCCCUGUAGAGUCCAAUCGCCUUAAUGUGAGUAGAGGCUGUGCACACUGCCAGUUAAAAAGCUACAGUGUACUGUAAAGCUUAAAUGUAUCCAUAUCUAUAUUGUUAUUAUACGGUUUGUAGACCAAUAACUGCGUUGUUCCUUAACUUUCAAUUUUUUAACAGAAUGUUCAGGAUGAUUUAUGAUUCAUUUUGCUUGCCAACUGUUAGCAGUUUAGUGGUCUACUGGUUCCAGGUGAUAUUAAGCCAUGGAUAUAAAUGCUGUUAAACAUGCAUACAAUAACCGCUGCCUCACAUUUCCUGCAUCUGUUCAAUGCAGUGCUUGUGUAGUUCCUCAGACAUAAACACAACACAUUCAGAAGUUGCAUUACUCUCAUGAAAGGUAGGGGCAGUGCAGAGGCAAUGUAGUCAUUGUCAUAAGUCAUUGAUUGAGUUGAGGGCCUCACAUCAUCACUUUUCUGUUGCGCUCUGAGAAGUAACCAAACUCAGCUCCUCCUCGUUGUAUGUUAAAUGCAAAUUCUGUAGUUCUAUAGUCCAGUGGUGUCAAACUGGUGGCCUGCGGGCCACAUGCAGCCCACCUCUUAAUAUCAUGUUAUAACGAAAACAUGGCCCACGACCUCCUCUUCCCUUAAAAACAGCAUUCCACAUUAUUUACAGCACUUAAUUUGUCUGUGUUUGAUAUUAAUAGAUUUAUUUUGGCAUCAAUCCAUUUCAAUACAAACACUUUUACUUUGAAAGUCUGUAAAAAUAUUAUCAUAAAUAUCUUUAUUGCAAUCAUGUAAUAAUUUUAAGAUCAUAUUACCCACCUGAUACUGAGCAGUUAGCCGCUAAUUGGUCCUAAGGUCAUUCAAGUUUGAAGCCUCUCUUCUGUACAUUCUGCCCCUUAUUGGAAUAUUCCAGCUACAAAUAUAUCUCACAGACUUUCCCGGAACUGGCUCUUUUUCUGAGCUUUCUUUCAACACUUCAACACACAUUUUCCGGCUCAUAGCGUUAACUAGCAGCAGCAUUAGCAUUGUCGCUAACUCAAUGCCAGCAAGCCUGGCUACUGAACAAAGCAGAAAACAACUGUAAAAAUACCAACUAGAACAAAUCACCUUGAAAUAAUCUGGGGGGAUUAGCUCAGAAGAAAGGGCCCCAAAGGGCUCCAAACUAAUGUAGAGCAAACUAGUUGUAGCAUGCCUGGUUAGCUUGGUUAGCCUGGUAAACAAACAGUCGUCAGAUUUAAGGGCGUUUCCACAGACUUAUUGGUUAAAGUAAUAAAUACACAUAAAUUCACUCGGAACUUGGAAAGAUCAGCUAAAACAAAUCCUCAAGACUAAGAAUUAAACCACAAAUCAAUGAAAGGUUGCUUCAACAAGCUGUCGUCGUGCCUAGGAAGCUUAAAAUUAUAUGUGCAGCAAUAGUUUCUAAGUUUUGACAAGACAAAUGGCCUUGGUGUUAGUUUUAAUGACGAAAAACUGCCAACUUGUGUUUUGUAAAAGUGUCUGGGAAUCACACAUGUGCCGUGUUGUGAGUGUUGUGGCUGUGACUUUGUGUAAAAAGCCCAAUGUGAGCUUUUUGUGGACAGUUUACAUUUUCCUUUUAGAAAGACAUAAUGGAAUGAGGCGCCGUUGUAGUGACGCGUGUUAAGCUGUCAGUGUUGCUUGUCUGUCUGUGGCCUGAAGCUCCUUUCAGUCUCAUAUCAAGAAAACAAUGGAAAACAAUCUUUUUGGGAGGGGAGAAAUUCCUCCCCACGUUGUGUCUUUACAUUUUUUUGUAAGUCAAGUUUAACAUGAUAGUAUUAUCAGGGAAGGUUGUUCAAAUCAUGUGUAGUGUUGACUUUAAGAUUGACUUUCAUGUGUUUUGUGCAAAGCUGAUUGUUUUUUUUUACACUGGCAGUAUUAUUUAUAUAAAAUCGUAUUUAUAGA